AUGGCAGAGGCAACUCCGACAACGGGCACAGCAGCCCCGGCCGCUACUUCAGCGCCCUCUGCUGCCGCACCUGCUGCAACGACGACAUCUGCGCCCGCUGCAUCUACCGCGGCGCCCACUACGGCGGCAGCGACAUCGCCUACAUCGCCUUCGAAGGCGACUGCCGGUCACGCCAACGGAACGGACGAAAAGCUGGCCAAGACACAGGCCAAGGAGCAGCAGAAGUUCGAAAAAGUCGUUGCAAAGGACGCCAAGGGCGAUGAGAAGCGAGUCAAGUCUGCGAUGAAGGAUGCGGACAAGGCUACUUCUGCUGAACAGAAAGCCGGGAAGAAUCUUGCAAAGGCCAAGAAGGAUGUCGAUAAGGCGACCAAGAAGGAAUACAAGGCCAACAAGAAGAUGAUCGAGGCGAAGACGAAGCAUGACAAGCUGCUCGCUGAUGUCGGAAAGGCAAAGGAACGUCUCGAGGCAAAGACGACCCAGUUCAACACUCAGAAGCAAAUGAAGACCGAGAAGAUGAACGCGCUGACUGCCGCCCGCCAGGCCAAGUCAAAGAAUGACGCUACUCGUUCUGCCAAGCUCGCCGCUUGA